AUGACUUCCUACAGCUAUCGCCACUCCUCGGCCAAAUCGUCCUUCGGGGGCCUGGGCGGCGGCUCGGCGCGCUUUGGCGCGGGGGGCGUCUUCCGCGCGCCCAGCAUCCACGGGGGCUCGGGGGGCCUCGGUGUGUCCGUGUCCUCCGCCCGCUUCGUGUCCUCGUCCGCGGGCUACGGCGGCGGCUACGGAGGUGGCUAUGGCGGCGGCUCUAUCAGCCUGGCGGGGUCCGACGGGCUCCUGACGGCCAAUGAGAAGGUCACCAUGCAGAACCUCAACGACCGCCUGGCCUCCUACCUGGACAAGGUGCGCGCCCUGGAGAAGGCCAACGGCGAGUUGGAGGGGAAGAUCCGCGACUGGUACCAGAAGCAGGGGCCCGGACCUUCCGGGGACUACAGCCACUACUUCAAGACCAUCCAGGACCUGCGGGACAAGAUUCUUGCUGCCACCAUUGAGAAGUCCAAGGUUGUCCUGCAGAUUGACAAUGCCCGUCUGGCUGCAGAUGACUUCCGAACCAAGUUUGAGACGGAGCAGGCCCUGCGUCUGAGUGUGGAGGCCGACAUCAACGGGCUGCGCAGGGUGCUGGACGAGCUGACCUUGGCCAGGACUGACCUGGAGAUGCAGAUUGAAGGCCUGAAGGAGGAGCUGGCCUACCUGAAGAAGAACCAUGAGGAGGAAGUCGGUGCCCUGAGGGGCCAGGUAGGUGGCCAGGUCAAUGUGCAGGUGGAUUCUACUCCAGGCAUCGACCUAGCCAAGAUCCUGAAUGAUAUGAGAAGCCAAUAUGAAGCCAUGGCUGAGCAAAACAGGAAGGAUGCCGAAAACUGGUUCAUCAGCCAGACCGAUGUCCUGAAAAAGGAGGUCGACAGCAACCAGGAGCAGCUCCGUGUAAGCCAUUCUGAGGUCACUGACCUGCGACAUACCCUCCAGAGUCUUGAGAUUGAGCUGCAGUCGCAGCUCAGCAUGAAAGCCGUACUGGAAGGCACGCUGGCAGACACGGAGGCCCGCUUUAGCGCCAAGCUGCUGGAGAUCCAGGCACUGAUCACUGGUAUUGAAGCUCAGCUGAGUGAUGUGCGUGCUGACAGCGAGCGCCAGAAUCAGGAGUACCAGCUGCUCAUGGACGUCAAGUCGCGGCUGGAGCAGGAGAUCGCCACCUACCGCAGCCUGCUUGAGGGCCAGGAUGCCUACUACAACAACCUGCCCACCUCCAAGGUCCUUUGAAUUGGCAGGCUCCUGGGCUCCUGCUCUCUGCAGAGGAAUUCCCUUGGGUAGGGGAAUAGG